AUGAAGACGGCUGCCGCAGCUAUCCUCCUCGCCGCCGCGACCCUCGUCGUCGCCGAGCCGCAGCACGCCCUGCCCCCCGGCUCCAAGAUCAACUGCGCCAAGGCCAACGCCAGCUACUGCAUGGGCAGCGACAUCAUCGUCCGCUGCGGGCCCGACGCCCUCGGCGAGCCGGCCCGCUGCUCGCCGGGCUACCCGCCGGCCGACGACGGCUUCCACUGCUGGGAGAGCUCCGAGAAUGCCGGCGACGCUGUCUGCCGGAAGGUUAGCACCUCCGUAAGUGCCACCUCCAUCGCCACGACCAGCACCUCGGCUUCGACCAGCUCGCCUGGUACUUUCUCCAACGGGUAUCCCAUCCCCCCGAGCUCUUCUGCCACCUCCUCCGUCACCCCCCCGAGCUCUUCUGCCGCCUCCUCCGUCAGCACCUCCACCUCCAUCGCCACGACCAGCACCUCGGCUUCGACCAGCGCGCCUGGUAUUACUUCCUCCAACGGGUAUCCCGCCCCCCCGAGCUCUUCUGUCACCUCCUCCGUCAGCACCUCCACCACCGUGGCCACCACCCGCACGCCUCCUCCGUACGGCACCGGCAACUUGACCACGUCCAUCCCGACCACGACCAAGCCGAGCACCGGCAGCAGCACCACUACCUUGACGAGCACCACCGGCCCCAAGCCCCCCAAGCCCACCGCCACGCCUCCCAUCUCCAACAAUGCCGUGCCCAGCAACGCCGUGAGCGGCCUCCUUGCUCUGGGUCUGGCUGUCGCUGCUCUCUUUUAA